AGAUCAUACCCGAGGUGAUAGUGACAGCUUGUGGCAAAUGCACUCCUAAUCAGAAGAGGUUCGCGCGAAAGACAUUUAACGCAUUUAAAAGAAAUUUUCCAGAAAGCCACGCAGAAUUGAGACAAAAAUUUGAUCCAGAAAAUAAGUACUAUGACGCCUUCGAGAAGGUUAUAGCAAAUGCUUGAAUGUAUGUAAGGAACCUCCUUUUUGAAGUCGGUUAAGUUAGUACCUACGAGAGUAUACAUCAUGAGAACCGUCAUUGUACUGACUUUUCUGGUAGCAGCGUGUUUCGCUGCUGAGAAAUAUAAUCCAAAAUAUGACAACUUUGACGUGGACACAUUGAUCUCGAACGAAAGGCUACUGAAGGCGUACAUAAACUGUUUCCUUGACAAAGGCCGGUGCACGCCCGAAGGAACCGAUUUCAAAAAAGCGUUACCAGAGGCGGUAGAGACGACUUGCGCCAAGUGCACCGAAAAACAGAAGGUGAACAUCAGAAAAGUGAUCAAAGCGAUCCAACAGAAAUAUCCUAAGCAAUGGGAAGAGCUCGUGAAGAAAAAUGAUCCUUCGGGCAAGCACCGCGCCAACUUCGACAAAUUCAUUCAGGGAAGUUAAGCAUUCGAGUUAGAGACACAAUUGGUUAAGUUUAAAUUUAAUUUUCAUUUCAAGGUAAACGUGGUGGAUUUCCAAUUACACUUGAUGCUUCUACGUCCUUUAAAUAGUUUAUGCUCUCUACAUAACUAAUCAUAAUAUUCUUUAGUUUUAUAAAUUCUGAAAACAAUAAGUCUGAAAUAAUACUCAGUGUCCGAAAUAGGGUUUUCAGUUUUAAUUUAUUCGAUUGUAGUGGUUAACAGUGUUAAUUGGAUUACAGAUACAUUGUUGUGUUAUUUAUUUAAAUAUCAUGAUGUUGACUGAUAUUGUAAUAAAAAUAUUUGAUAUUUUAUACAAAAA